AUGGAGAGCGCUGUCGUGACGCUCAAAACGAGACGGAGAAAACGGACAGCGGCGGGAAAACUGACGUCCUUCAGACUGAAGCUGGGGAAGCUAAAGGUGGUGCGGCGGCAGCUGCUGCAAAGGUAUGAACACCAGCCAUUUGUCUCCUGUCUGGCUGGCCUCUACGGCUGCCAAUGGAGACGAUACCAAAGAGCCCGGGCACAGCCGGGAGAGUGCUGCUGCAGCAAGGUGGAGUGUGGCAGCUUUGGCCUCCUGAUCCUCACCUUUUUCCUGAGUUUUGUGUUCCUCUAUUUCUGGAGUGAAGCCCAGAACGACUACAAUGACUUUGACUGGUUUAACUUUGGGAAUCUUGGGUUCUGGUUCCCCUGGUCUCUGGUCCUGCUGAUUGUUGCUGCGGCUCUCUUCACAUACAUCGCUCUGCUAUUGGUGCUGGCGGUGUGUUUGCUUUCUGAGGGCCAGAGGUUGUACCUUCACUGGAGCCACAAGUCUGGUAUUGUGGUGACGCUGGCGUUCUCCGUCACAGCCACCGCCAUCCUCUCUGACCUCUGGAGCAAAGAAUGGAAGACUCUCCUCCUCUCUCUGCAGGUCACAGCACCUUACCUACAUGUGGCUGCAGUGUCAUUGAUGGCGAUUCUUUCCUGGCCAAUAGCAUUACAUUUCUUUCGCAUGAACAAGAAAGUCCGUCAGGUGGCCGUCCUGGGACUCUUUCUGUCCGUGCUGUUCUCGCUCUACUUGGUUCCUCUGGGAAUGUACUCGCCCUGCAUCAAAGAGGCGGGAACUCUGGGACCUGCCCCUACUCUCAUUGGGCACAGAGGAGCUCCAAUGCUCGCUCCGGAGAACACUGUGAUGUCUUUUGAGAAGGCAGUGGAAGCUGGAGGAGAAGGACUGGAGACUGAUGUCACCAUCAGUUUUGAUGGUGUUCCCUUCCUGAUGCACGACUCCACCCUGAAGAGGACCACUAACAUCGCGGAGGUUUUCCCAAACAGGACACACCUCGACGCCUCCAUGUUCACUUGGACCGAGCUGCAGCAGUUGAACGCUGGUGAUUGGUUCUUAUCGAGGGAUCCGUUUGGCACCGUGUCAUCCCUCUCUGUGGCAGACCGCUCCCAGGCCCAGAACCAGUCUAUUCCCUCACUGGUCCAGUUCCUGGAGGUAGCAGCCCGAAGUGGUAGACUCGUACUGUUCGACCUGCGCAGGCCACCGCUUGGACACCCAUACAGUCUGUCAUACAUCAACACCACUCUACAGGUGGUACAGGCCCACAUCAACUCCUCGCAGGUCCUGUGGCUGCCAUCUGAAGACAGGGACCAGGUCCAGGCUGUGGACCCACACCUGCAGCAGACCUCUGGAGAAAAGGCUUCUAUCCAGGAGUUGACAGACGGACACAUCACCAGACUGAACCUGCACUACAGCACCAUGUCUCAGCAACAGAUCCGAAAGUACCAGUCAGUGAACAUCAGCACUAACCUGUAUGUGAUCAGCCAGCCUUGGCUCUACACACUGGCCUGGUGUGCUGGAGCGCAGUCCGUGACCACCAACUCCAUCCACAUCCUGUCCAACAUCAACAAGCCGCUGUUCCUGAUGACCCCAGAGGAAUAUAGUCUGAUGUGGAUUCUUACUGAUGUGGUGUCAGCCUUCCUCAUCACUGCAAUUUUCAUAUUCCACUGGUGGAGAGAGCGAGGCCUGCCCUUCUGGUCCGGCAGCCGGCAGACUCACGAGAAUGGACCAUACAGCAAGUUCAGGACAGAGCUCAGCGAUGUUUGGUCCAUCUCCAGCGUCACUGUCCGGCCUGAUUUACGGAGCAUGCCUACUUCACCCAGCACCCCUCACCUGCCCACCAUCACAGAGGAGUGAGAGGGAGGGAGAUUAAAAAAGGAAGGUGCAAGUCAGGAAAGGACAGAUAAGAGAUGGAAAAAGUCCUUGUUGAGAGUGUGAUGAAGGCCUGUCAAACUCUCUGAUCUUAAGCUUUUGUUAUUUAAUUAUUGUUGCUUAUAAUAGUCAGUCUAUUACUUAGCAUCAGUUUAACACCCACAAAAUCGAUGUGGAUUGAUGGGACUUGACAGUGUGAGCAGCCAACACAGCAUUUGUCUUCACAUUUUGAUGGAAAACUCCGAGCAGUGCACAGAAAUUUGUGACACCACCUUUUAACAAACAAAUGAAAACUAAAAAUGUUUGGAAGUCAUGACAGAGAGAGCAGAAAGUAGACGGCACACUCUAUUCUCCAUCUGUCAUCCUCUCGGUCUGUGGGUGGGCCGCCUGUGGAAGACGAACAGCUGGAAAUAAAAAGCCUUCAUUCAUUUCCCAUCAGAGAUGAAGCAAAUGGACUGUGGACACGCGCCCUGGGGUGUCCGUUUCCAUACUGUAAUCUCAUGAUGCCAUUAAAUUCCUCAAAGUGAGGACAGUUAAAGACGAGACCAGAGGAUGAGGACGUUUUCAUUUCUGGUCAUUCGGCACGGUGAACGAACAAAAUAAUGAACGUCUGCAGCUGCAGUGAUCCAUCAGUCACCUUUGUGCGUCUGCUCGCUGAUGAAGGACCGAAUGUUGAUCAGAGACGCUCUGUGAUAAACUGUAAACACAGAAGAAAUGAAAUGGACUCUUACAUAUGAGCUGUGCUUUUUCAUUUUCAGCUGUACAGACAUCAGGUGCAUCAGACAAAAACCUUAAACCAUGUCUUAAAUGAUCAUUUGUGUGUCUGAAUUGCUAGAUUCAGUGUGUGAACUCGACACUGUUGGACUGACAGAAAGAAUGUAAACCAAAGGCUCGGGAAGGGUACAGUUCAUCUGUGUACUAAAGUGAAUGUAAUAUUAAGUUUCCAAAAAGUAUGCAGAUUUUUGGCUGUAUGUCCAACAUGACAUUUUUCCCAGGGUCAGAUCUCAGUUUUACCACCGUGGGGAAAAAGUCAUUUAAAUUAGUUUAUAUAUACAUAUAUCUCUAUAUAUUGCUGGUUAGCUUAAUCUAUAAGUACUAUAGCAUAAUUAAUCAGUAGGUUUAUUUUUUUAUAGUAAUAGUCUAAACCUGCAAUUAAUAACUAGAGCUUUAAGAUAAAUGUAGUGGUUUAAACGUCCUACUGUAGGCUCCCCCUGCAUGCUGCAGGCAUCACUGCUCGAGAGAGACGGCGGCUGCUGUCAGCCUGCAGAGGUUUACAAGGAAUCUGCAAAAUGUAAUGAUGGUGACAAACUAAACAUUCAGUUUGUCUGCAUCCAAUCAGCUUUUGUUUUAUCUUAUUUCAGUCGCUCUGUCACCGUGUCAAACACACCUGGCGGUGGAUGGUACCAGGUGUGAAGUUAGUUUUGUAGAUCAAGGACUCUCAUUGGCUUUUUACCUGUACUGGUUUUGAAUGUGAUUGGGUCAACGUGCCACUCACAGCCCUUCAUCUUUGCUCUGUGUGUGUGUGUGUGUGUGUGUGUGUGUGUGUGUGUGUGUGUGUGUGUGUGUGUGUGUGUGUGUGUGUGUGUGUGUGUGUGUGUGUGUGUGUUUUAAGUCUUUUAAGUCUUUUACAGUUUAUGGAUCCAUCAGUUUGCUGGGGUCCACUUUGGUCCAGGUGAUGUAAAUUUUCUUAUCUGAUAUAAAGCAGGAGUCUCCGUGUGGAGGCCUGCGGGGGCGGUUGGGCAGACUUUGAGCAGACUUCAGAGACAUUAUGAAUGAACACCGCUCUGUGAUGUCUGCAGCUGACUGUGUAUAUUCCCCACCACUGCUCUUCACGCAGAUUCAAACCCAAGUCUGCUUCAGUUUGUCAAAACAAUCACUCUCACAAGCUUUUGAAAACCCCUCUUGCAAUGCAGAGAGGUUUAUAAGUUUAGUGGCUUGACUGAAGCAAUUCAAAUGAACAGAGUCGCACCUCUUCCAGGUUAGGUGAUCACAUGGUUAAACAGACCUGAUGUUGGGGGUUAUUGUUGAGCAGGCGCUGCAGAGCCACCAAGAACAAACUUGUUUAUGGUGUUGUGUUGAGUAAAGUGGGGGCUGAAUCUAAAUCUAAGCUCCUAAAUCCUUUUAACCGUCCGCAUGGCUCUAUUUUAGUCACACUGCCUCCCUCAUUGCCUCUCCUUUCAGCAGCCUUGUGGACCUUCUUUGAUGUGAGAAUACUGACUGCAAGAAAAGUCUGUUUGUUAGUAAAACGUGCCAGCGGCACAAACUGCCCGACACGCGGGGGUUUUUUUUUUUUAAACUUGCUGCUGGUAAUUUUAUUUUGGUGUCUCAUCAGUGCCAAGUGUGGUAUCAGUGUCAGAGAAACCAGACUACUUUAAUGAGGUGAUAAGUGCAGUAUCAGCGUUGUCUUCAAAUAUAUACCCAGUAUUUCCUGGCUACACACUGCUGUAAGCGGAUUUGUUUUUCAUCACUUUGAUCGCACAUCAUACGUAAAUGUGCCGGAUUCUUAUUUAGAAAAUACAAAAUAGUUUCUAAAAAUUCUCCAAUGGUGACUCAUUAUGCUAAAAGUGCAGUCUUUGCUACAAGCACAUGUUUAAUGGACCAAUUUCUGUGUGGAAAUGUGAGUAAAAACAAAACACUGGAAACCUGUCGACUUGGCGUAAAAAGUAAUUUGCUGCUGUUUUUUUUCUUUUUUUGUACCUCCAGUGCUUUUAUCCAUCCUUUAUUUGCCAACUCCCGUCUGCAGUGCUUUAUGUCAGUGUCUGCAGGCUCAGCUCUAAACAUUCAGGGUGAAGAGCAACAGGACAGAGACAGUUUUGUUAGCUUUGACCAAUCUUGUAUGUUACUCCCCUCCUGUCCCCUAAUCAGGGUCGUAACACUGAUAAUGAGAAGUAAAUUAAGUGUCUCGUGUCUUAAUUAAGGCACAAAAUAAGACUUUGUACCCCUCAGCAGUAAAAGCCUGAUGGGACGUUAUCGUCACCCUGCCGGGCAGGCCGGUGGCAUGGACACAGUUUGUGAAUGGAGGAGAACGAAGCAACAUUGUUACCACGGGUGCAUCUUCUGAGAGGUUGAGGGUAACGCGGCAGCUGUCAUUAUUUUCCUAUAGUGUUAAAAUCUGCACAGUUUUCAGUAAAUUCCCAGCUGCAGACUUCAGUAAAUGAUAAUUCAUUUAAGUACUCUCCUCCAAAAAUCUUCAAAAAAGUCAGAAUUAAACAGGACAGCUGAAAUCUACCACUUAUAUAUGCAACGAGGCAGUUGAAGUCUGACACCAGGUGUCCUUAGCAAAUUCAAACGGUAGUUUUCAAAAGAGGGUUUUGUGCCAAAUUUCUCCAAUUUUAAUCAAUUCAUAGAUUUGAAUAAAUGAUUUUGUUGGAAACUUGGAGCUGCUCUCGAGCAGACUUGCAGCUUUCCCUGUUCUGCACCACACUGGACUCCCAUGUUGGGCCCACAGAGGGCUGGGUUUGGUCCAGCAGAGGGCAGGGAGACACAAGACCUCCGAAUGAUUAGAGCUCAAACAGUCACGAUGCACUGUAAUCUGAAUGUGUAGUUGGUGUUUGACAGUGGCUGAUCUGCUGUGUAAGCUUGAUGUUUUAACUAGUUUCUGUAAACAGCCGUUUUUAGUUGAGAGUAAUACUCGAGCAUCCAGAGGAACUGCUGGAAUUUCACAGGACAGGCAGCAAACAAACAGCAUCAAAGAAAUCUGUGUAAUACGUUUAUCAACAUGCUAAUUGCAAAUAAAAUCUACUCAAAAUCAUAAAAACGUAGUUGAUAUUUUGUGACUUUUGACCAAAGAAAGCUACGAGAGUAGCUUUGUGCGAUUGAUGCCUGAAAAUCCAGUCCAUCCUAUUCGUCUUACGGUGCUUUGCUGGUUAUAGCAUUUAUGACGAGACCCGGAUUCUUCAUACAGAAAUAAUUAUCCACUAAUCAUUAAUGGGUUUUAAAAAAAUCGAUUGUUACCACCAAUAAUGGGCGGACAGACGUGUUUAAGUCGGCAUGUGUUUGAGAAACCCCCUUUUAUGCCAGUUUUUCAGUUAAGAAAAAAGUCAACAAGCAGCUGGGCACACAGCGCCAUCAGCAGGCAGUCGGGUCGUCGCACUUUGGCCCAGCAGUGGGCCCGUUUUACAAGCAACUCUUACAGUUUAUGCUAGAGACAAAAUCCAAAUGGUUCCUGAAAGAUGAGAACUGUCCAGCCAAAACUACAAAAUGAAUUCAGGCAUCCUGUUUGAUACUUUAGGUGAUAAAGUUUAAGACUCACUGAGACUUCAGGCCUCUCCGGGUUGAGGGGUUAAACCGUCCAAAACAGGCCACCUUUAAUAAAGACUGAUGAUCUGGAUUAUCUGGUGCUUGGAAAGAUUUCGUUUCGUAGUCAGUGCAGCGUCUCUGCUUUGCUGUCUUCAUUCCUGCAGGAGUGCAAACAUUUUUAAGCGGGUACAACUGAGGCUGUCUGUUAGUUGUUUGGUUCGUCGAUCCUGGAGGGGUCCUGUCUGCACACAGAGGUUCUGUUCAUUGGCUGCUCUUUAAAUGUGACUCAUCUUUUAAUGUUACGGAUGUAAGAGACAUUUACAGGCAAAGUGGGACCUCUGAGGUGUUAAAUGAUAAAAGUCACUGAAAAGAGCGAGAGCAUCAAAUCUUAUGUAUCGCUUAGUGUUGUUUUUGAAUAAUGAGCUUCACACUUGGUGCUGAGAAGUGAUCUGUGAUAUAAUGUAAUAUUAUAAAACUAGUAUCAUAGUUCAGAUGCUAAUCUUUCAAAAUGUUAAAUAUGUUCUGGUUUUUUUACAUUGUGCUGUUCUGACCUGCAAUAUUUUAUUUUAAAGGAAAUUAUUUUGCUUUACUGUAACUUAUCUGAUGAAAUGCUGCCGUCACCUGGUAUUAAACAUUACAAACAGAA